AUGGAUUUGUGUGAGCGAUGCAGGAGGCUAGACGUUGACUGCUUACCGCCCGCUUUUGAUUCAUCAGAUCCGGGAACGGAUGGCUCUCCUCCACAGGCCACCCUUCGCCAGAUUUGCGAAGGUGCCGCCUUGGCAUGCCCCUUCUGUUGUCUUGUACAGUUACAUCUCAGAAGCUUCGCCCAAGCUGAGCAGUACUUGACAGAAACGGGGCCGGUUGAAGACCUUGCAGAAACUCCCGUAAAGUUUUAUCGGCAAAUUCUGGAAUGGAAAGUACGGCCAGUGAGAGUCUUGCCCACCAAGUUUGGUAGCAUACAUGUUGUCGGGCCAGGGAAGCUGAAGUUCGAGAUCCCACUCUAUGCCGAGAAAGGGAGCCCGGCGUCACUGAGCGGCGAAAUCGUUGAGUCUGACCUCUCCAUGGCCCUAGAUCCCCAUGCACCACGGCCUAGUCAAUUCGUUAGAAAACGCCUAGAUAUCUGUUUAUCUCAACAUCGUGAUUGUCGAAUGUCCUUCUCAGGGCACGAUGUGGAACAACGAGGGACAUCCGUAGCUCCCAGACGGUUGCUACAUGUCGUUCCUGCGAGAGGAGAGAAGCUGCCAUUGAAGAUACGGCUCGUGGAAAUUGAGAAGAACUCCGGCUUUGCAGUUGAGUAUGCAGCGCUCAGCCACUGCUGGGGCCCGCCUGAGAAACGGCCCCCUUGCACGCUCAAGGGCAAUCUUUUCCACCACAAGGAGGGUAUUCCAUGGACCACGCUUUCGCAAACCUUCAGAGAUGCGUGUGCACUCUGCUCUGAUCUCGGUAUCGAAUACUUAUGGAUCGAUUCCCUCUGCAUCGUCCAGGACGAUGCGACGGACUGGAAGACGGAAGCAGCCAUCAUGGGCCGCACUUACGAGGAAGCUCUCCUUGUUAUCGCAGCCUCGGCGGCUACUGACUCAAGCCAAGGCCUCUUUGGGGUCAGGCUGCCAGAUGACGUCGCGCCCGUGCCUUAUAAAGGGGACGUCCGCAGCGGAGUUUUUGCUUACAAUUCCCGUGGGCCGAAGGGUCUUGUUGACAAUGGACCGUUAAAUACUCGCGCAUGGGUCCUCCAGGAGUACGUUCUCGCGCGUAGAACUGCACACUUCACCAAGUGGGGUGUCGUUUGGACAUGUUCCCGCGACCCUGCCGUCGCUGUGUCAGAGUACGACUCUGGCAAACAGUCUGUUCAUCCAAUUCCAAACACAUGGGAGAACAUUAUUCGAAGUUAUUCCAAACGCGAGCUCACCUACAAGUCUGAUAAGCUUAUCGCAAUACAGGGUCUUGCGUCUUCGUGGGGUAGCAAACUUGGAAAGACGCCUCACUAUGGACUCUUCCUGGAAGAUAUGCCGCUGUGCCUUGCGUGGUUCUGGAGUGGACACGGCAACGACAAGCUGGUGCGUGAUGUGGAAGGAGCGCCUUCGUGGUCGUGGGCUUCGGUCACAGGCAGCCUCGACUUUAUGAUGAGGGAGAACGAGGAAGCGACAACGGGAAUGAGAGCACUGUGCGGUCGGAUCAGACCAGAUGAUCAAUCCGAGUGGCCAGGCGCCUUGACUUUUGAAUCAUCUUUGGUAAAAGAAGUGGAUGCCAUCGCGGGGCCAUUCGACUGUCUCCCAUCCUACCUCGAGGACCUUCAAGCCAUUGAUCCAGAAUCUGAAAAGCUGCGAUAUCUGGUCCCUGGUAGCAUCAGCUGGUGCAAUCACUCGAACCAUUUCGAGCAGCAUUAUUUGCUGGUAGAUCAGCAAUGGAGAAACAUAGGCUGGUGCGCCUUCGACGAGAGGGAAAAGACGACUGGGCCGAUCAGCUGCCUACCGCUUUUCAAAGAGUCGGCAACGCCAUGGUAUAUGCCGCCCGUGGACACGGCGGAGCCAUUCUAUCUGUGGUGCUUGUUUGUAAGCCAGAUCGACCCUAAAGGCUGCGAAAGAUCUGUCUACCAGCGGGUCGGCUGGGGACGCAUCCUAGCCCCUGCAUGGGUAGAAGAUGGCCGAAGACAGGACAUCCUCCUUGUCUAA